AUGGUUAGUCCGACGAACUCAACACUGGUCAACUGCUUCCACAAAACGUUGAAAACACAUUUUGCUUUAAGUUAAAAUUUUAUUUUAAGUUAAACUUUUGCUGUUGUUGCCGUUCGCCUGACUGCAUAGAAUCGAAUACACAACAUUAUUUCUACCAGUCCUAAAGAGCCAAAAUGGUUGGAGUCCACGCGUUCUUCGGUCGUGUUGAUAAGGACGAUGAAAAACCAGCCACCACGGGUUUCGACGCUCACAUGACCCCGGAAGAUAAGAGCAGGUUUGAUGCUGCUCUGGACAGACUGCAGGGAGAUGUGCAAAAGGAUUCUGCUUACAACUCACCGGGUGGUUCUGAGAAGGCGGGAGCAGGAAAAUCUCACCGACUGGGUGGAUCGACUCCCAAGACGCUGGCCGCAAGUUUGAGCAAAGGGUUAUCGGCAUUCGAAUUUCCGGAAUCAUCGGGUCUUCGCCAAACUUUAACGGCUCGUAAGACCCCGCAACAGGAGUACAACGAACUGAUGGAAGAAAUCACUGCAACUCAGCUUACUGGUCAGUAUCAGGAUUCGGACCUGAUGGAUAUCACAGUGACUCAUGUUCAUGCCUGGAAUGCAUUCUGGAUCCGUACUUGCAAAGUGGGAAUGAAGGAGAGACUAGAUGGACUUCUGGAGUAUAUGGAACGCAUUCUUUCGAUCUGGUGUACUGGCAGUGGUGAACCGACCCUUAAGAGCGCUGCUGGAGGAGAAUAUGUUCUGGUGAAUAACGGUAAUGCAUUGGGCCGUAUGUGCCGUGCUGAGGUCAUUGCCACUCUGCCGAACGACAUCGUCCGUGUGUUACUCGUGGAUUACGGAAUCUCUCAGAACCUUUCUUUAGCGGGCCACAUCAUCUAUCCGUUCCCAUCUGAUACAGAUGUUAUUGACUGCCCAGGUCUGGCUAAGCGCGCACGUAUGCCGGAAAUCGACUACGGAUUUUUCCCGCAUGACCCCAAGGAGUUCGAAAACGUUUUCAAUCGCGCUGUGAACGACUACGCUUUACGUGGAAUCAUCCAGCGUUAUUCCACGGAUGGGUUUGCGGAAAUUAACUUGGAAUACCGAAAACCUGACGUCAGUUGGUUUAAAGACCUUGGCCGCAAGCUUAGUAUGAUGGGUUUUCAACGCCCAAAACUAGCCCCGGUGUCGCGCAAAAAUAACAAGUAUUUCGACGUUGCCGCGGGUACAUACACCACUUGGACUUUGAGGGCUGUCGGGAAUGCUGCUGUGAUGUACCUGUGGCCGAGUGAUGCCAGUCCGUUUCUCGACUUAUUAAAGGAGACCCUGCGCGAUGUGAUGGCUCGAGUGCCGAAUGUUGUGGGGACCAUUCCACAGGAGAAGGAUUUAGUGGGAGUCUGCUUCAACGGGGACUGGUACCGUGCGCGAAUUCAGUCAGUUCAUGUGGAAAGCUGUGAUUGUUUGCUGCUUGAUCUCGGCAAGGUGGUGUUGGGCGUGCGUUUUGAAGACAUUCGCCCGAUUUGUGAGGAGCAUUUGUUCAAAAUACCCGCUUUGGCUAUGGAGUGCUGCGAUGCGGAAGUUGCUAACAUGCUUGGAGACGCUUUUAUUAACUGCAGUGAUAUCGAAAAGGAUAGGCAGCUGGCAGCACUAACCGGUGGAGCUUAUAGUAUGCUGUCACCUUUUAUGGAAUCUACUCUGCAAGUGGAAGUGUUGGAGGUGGUUUACGAAGGUGAAGUGGAUCAGCAGGGAUGGGUGGAUAAUGAUUAUGCGAUGGUUACUCUGUAUUUGCAAAAGAAUGGAAAUGACCGCCCUAGUCGGUAUAGCGAAGCUCUGUCCAAACUGCUCCCAGGAAUUUCAUCGCAGAAACGUACUGAAUCCCGCUUGGACGGUAUUGCUGUGUGAGGUAGCCGAGCUCAGUUUUCGUGACCGUUUGCAUGUCGUAUCAGUUAGCUAACUUUAGCUAUCAACAGCAAGUUGUAUCAGAAUUCCUUGUCUAAUGGAAAGCUGUUUUCGUGUUAAUUUUUCAGUGUUUUAUAAUUUUCCUUUAUUGGACCUUAGUGAGCGGUCUGACGGUAUUUCACCGUAUUUUUGUACAGGCCUUUAAAAUUUCCUUGGAUGCGCACGUUUGCUAAUUUUACAGGUUUACACGACAACUCCGAAUAAAGGUUUCAACUAUAAUAAUACAUG